CGUGGCCGGAAGUAGGUCAUCCUGGCUCAGCUCGCAGAGCCAAGUUGCAGAAGAGCGAGGCGGGAUUGGUGGAUUGCAAUGGCCACGGUGAGUGACCAAUUGGUUGGGUAUGGCUUAGUGGCCUUCAGCUUGGUUCUCUUCGCCUACUACACCAUCUGGAUCAUAGUCCUGCCCUUCAUUGAAAGCGACCACCUCGUUCACAAGUACUUCCUACCCCGAGAAUAUUCAGUCAUCAUUCCUGUGGUGGCCGGACUGGUGUUGCUCCUAUUUAUUGGAACGUUUAUAUCUAUCGUGAUGUGGAAGAAUCGGAAAUUGGAAAAAAAGACUGCUUGAACAGAGAGAAGAGGAGGAAGAUGGGAGAUCCCUUCCAGGGUUCAGUUGGGGGGGGGGGGGGAACGGUGCGGCAAUUAGCAAGAUAUUUGGGGCCCAGGAUUGAUCCCAUCCUAUCCCACCCCAUCCAGGCACGGACCGAAUUUCCAAACUGUGAACCAAAGAGAAUCCUUUUGCAGAGAUUCCCACAUAUGUGCUACAGAAUCUGAAAUCCCGGAGCGAGGGGUUUUUUUUAAGGGUCCAAAUUUAGCCUGGAAAUUCGACUAGGACAGUCGUUUACCAGGCCCCUGUUCUAGUUGUGUCUUUUGUGUGUGUGGGUGUGUGGGUGUUUUUAAAUCCUGCUUUUCUCCUGCAUCGUCUUGUGUGGUUUGUGUGGUGACUUUUGAGUCUCUGGAUUGCAUUGGUCUUUUCUCGUGCGAGUUCCCACUCAAACCUGUAACUCCCCCCCCCCCCUCCCGAGGGAUGAUACAUCCAUCCAGAAUUGCCCUUCGGUUUUUCCAGCGUAGCGAGAAACCUAUUCUUGUCACAGAUCGGUUCUUCUUCUUCUUUUUUUAUUAUUUACCUCUCGAGCCAAGUGACCAUUGAGAUGGGGUUAAUGCGUGUUAAUUGGAAGCUUUGAAUGACCCCGUUAAACGGCAAUUACAAAUAAGUUCCACUCCUGUCCUUUAGAAUGCUGUAAAAAAAAA